GUGUUCUACGCCAAAAACUGGUCUAGAUAGUCCUACUCCCGUAAAUUACCCGCUCAGGUGAUACCUACCUCACUCACCGCCUGGACUAUGACUCAGAGUACGAAAAUGCAAAACGCGAGGUUGCGUCUAGGAAAGAAAAACGUGUUUUGUCUCGAAUGAGGAAAAAUGUUGUUGAAAGAUGGUUUCUCCUAAAUCUUAAGUCUAAAUACUGUGAUGGUCAAGCGUUGGCAUCCAGACUUUCGAAGCAAAUUACUCGAGUAACAAAGGAUGUCAAUAAAGAUAUCGCAGCUUAUAACGAGGCGAAACAAUCACAUUCUAAUCAUUCACAUACCGCAUUAACAUUAGAUGCUGUCAAAGAUCCUGACAAUGAUUUUUGGUGUGAAUAUCUAGCUGCACCCACUGAUGAAGAUUGUUCAGUUCCAUUUACUGUUAAACGGAAGGCUAUAGAUUUAUGCCAUUUGCUUGACCGAUCCAAGGAAGAGCAAAUCCUGUUGAAGUCAGAAAUGGAAAAUACGUGGAGUCACUACUUUCAGCAGCAAGGCAAGAUUACUGACUUUUUGAAUAGUUUUAUUAACCAUGAAAACGUACUUGAUGUUGAAUAUGGUGAAGCGACAUUUUUACACAGGAAGAUCUUUCAAAUUAAAAGCAUGUUGAUAGAUCUAAAAAAAAGGUUUUCUUUGUACAUCAACAAAGACGAACCACAGUAUUUAUUUAAUGCGAAAGUUGACAUGCUUCAAAGUGAUCUGGUGUCGGCUCUGGAUGACGAAGAAGUGGUUGUAUAUGAAGAAGUGGAUUCUUAAGACGAUCAAACAAGUGAAAACGACUAUGAAAGCACCAGCGAUGAUGUAUAAUGGGGUUGUGCAGACACUUUAAGCUCUUGAAAAUCCUUUAAUUAGAAAAUCAAUUUACGUAAAGGGCACUUGAAAAGUUGUUAAGAAAUCAUGUGUAAUAGCCGCCCAACGUACGUACGCUGGGAAAAAACUUUUUGUUGAAUAAAUACUUGUUGAACUGUCAUAUGUAACUUUUUGAUAGUUAUACAAUGUAGUAUAUGAUAAAAAUUGAUGUUAUAUAUACGUGGGUAAUAGCCGUCCAACGUACGUACGCUGGAUAAUAAAGGUGUUUAAAAAUGUUUUUGUUAAAUAAAUACUUGGUGUAAGCUUGGCAACUCGAUGGAGCACAUGGCUUGCCGAUUUUGAAAUGUUUAUUAUCUUGAGUGGAAUUAAAGAUAAAAAGCAACAACGAGCAUUACUUCUCUGUCAAGAUGGUUCACGCAUUCGUGAAAUAUUUCGACAGCUCAACUAUACAGGCGACGACAGCGAAUAUGAACUUGCUAAAACCAAACUAACGGAAUAUUUUGAGCCUCAAAAAAAUCGGCGAUAUGAAGUGUACAAAUUUCGCGAAGCCAAACAAGAACAAUCAGAAACGUUAGACCAAUUUCAUACGCGAUUGAAGAAAUUAGCUCAAACAUGUGCUUUUGAUGAUGUUGACUUUGAGGUUGAACAACAGAUAAUCAUGGCGGGAUCUUCUUCGCGGAUACGAAAGAAAGCACUAAGAGAUCCCGAGUAUGAACUCAGAGAUAUUUUGCUGGACGGCCGUAGAGAUGAACAAAGCACUUAUCAAGCACGGGAUAUCGAGUCAAAGGACAAAAAUAACGACAUGUUGGCAACCAUCCAAUCUGAAUCGACGCGAAAAUGUUAUUAUUGUGGCGGUCCAUACUCACAUCAAGACGACAAAAUCAUUUAUGUAGCUGGGAGAAUCAGUUUCAAAGCAAUGUAAAGUAUAAACUAUAGCAAAAGCAAGACAUGAAUGUCAUAGCAAUGAAAAUGACUCAUUACUGUCCAUAUCAGUAGUAAAGACACCAGAAGAAAUGACUCAUUUACUGUUCUUAUCAGUUGUAAAGACAUUAGCCAAAAAUGUCUGGUCAUGUCAUUCACUCCUGAACAUGGAUACAUACUUUAAAGGAGGGUGUUGCUCUAGAAAUAUAUUCCUAAUAUACACUUUUUAUAGUUAGUACACAAUUUCUCUAAUGUUCGAAUAAUGUUUAAGAAAAAAUAUAAGAAGAAUUUCCUUGCAAAAUGAAAUACUAACUGUUACACACAAUGCCAGAGCUCUUCAAGAUGCCCUGGGAAUAAAUGGCAUAGCAGACUCUUUAUUUUGGGUAGGAGGCACAUAUUCAUAUAUUCAUGUUCUGCCACAUUAAGUUCCUUUGAAAUCCAUUGUUUUCAACAGAUUAAGACAUGCAUAUAUGAAUUUGUCCCCCCCCAAAUUAACAAGUAUCCUGCGCCACUGCUGGGAUUUUUUAUAUAUUAGUAAAUCUGGUAGUCUAAAAUCUGGUAGUCCGACAAUUAAAUGUGUUAUUUUCACUUCUGUCAAUGCUAUGGCAAUGAUAUCCUGCUUUUUCUUCUUCAGAUUAUUUAUAAAUUUUACUUUACAUUGCCUUUAUAGUUUGAACUAUAAUAAAGUAUUAUUGAAUCAAUCAUUAAAUAAAUAUUUCCUCCAAAGUAAAAAAAACAAACACGACAAUUAAGGUUUUAGUCCCCAUAUCAAGUAUGAUUGAAUCAAAUAACAAUAACUGCAUGUCCAUUUCAAACAACUACAAUUCUCAUAAAUAGAAAGUAUAUUUUGUAAAUUAUAUGAAUGAAUAGAAAUAAAUAUAGAAAAGACUGUAUUCAUACUUAUAUAGCAAAGCAAA